GUUAAAGUAGACUAUCUACAUUAAUGUAGUGAUCAACAGGGGUGAUUCAUUUUAGUGAGGUUCAGCCCCCCAAUGAGGGCAUAAUAAGCAUAAGCACCAAUAGCAGCAGGGCUGAUCACUACACAGAAUGAUCACCGACACCUGUCAUCCAAUCACAGACCCACUUCAGUGUACAUUAAAGAGAGUGAUAUAAUACAAUUUCAUAUUUUCUUAUUGUAUAGUGGGUUAUUUAGCUGAUUCACAGCCUAUACAUGUGUUUUAAUUAACUUAUUUGUUGAUGAUGUUGACUUCAAACUACAGCUUAUAUAUAGUUUGUCACACGUAGAUUAAUAUGAAGUGGAUACCUUUUUAACCCUUAUUGUAGUUAAUGAGUCACAAGUAUUUUGUUUUAGACAUAUAUUAAAGGUAAUAUUUCAACUAAAGGACUGUUAAAAGCUGAUUUAUCAAUAUGAACUAUUUACUGUCUUCAUUUUAGAUAUGAUGGAAGUGAAAGAGGAGAGUCAAGCUGAAGUGGAUGAGAAACAUCAGAUUGUAAAAAUAAACCAUAAUGUUUCACAGAAAGAAACUCUGAAGACAGAAGACAUAAAGUGUGAAAAUAGAUUCAGUGAAGAUGAACGCCCUGCAGAUCACAAGAGGACUCACAGUGAGAAGAAACCUUUCACAUGUCAACAGUGUGGAAAGAGUUUCACUUUUCAAUCGAACCUUAGCCGGCACAAGAAAGCUCACAUGGGAAAGCAACACGCGUGCCAGCAUUGUAACAAGAGUUUCCCAGAUACAACUAAACUUAAGAUACACAUGAUGUCUCACACUGGAGAGAAACCUUUCACAUGUCAUCUGUGUGGAAAGAGUUUGAGAACAAAUACUACCCUUAAAGGACACAUGAUGAUUCACACUGGAGAGAAACCACACGUGUGCCAUCAGUGUGGAAAGAGUUUUAUAACUGCAGGUGAACUUAGGAAACACAUGAGGACUCACACUGGAGAGAAACCUUUCACAUGUCAACAGUGUGGAAAGAGUUUCAGAAGAAAAGAGUGCCUUAACAUACAUGUGAGGAUUCACACUGGACAGAAACCAUUUAUGUGCCAUCAGUGUGGAAAGAGUUUCAGAAGAAAAGCUCACCUUAACAACCAUGUGAUGAUUCACACUGGAGAGAAACCAUUCAAGUGCCAUCAGUGUGGAAAGAGUUUCACAUUUACAAGUGGACUUAAGAUACACAUGAGGAUUCACACUGGAGAUAAAGCACAUGUGUGCCAUCAGUGUGGAAAGAGUUUUGAAACUGCAAGUAACCUUAACAGACAUUUGAGAAGUCACACAGGAGAGAAACCUUACUCUUGUCAACAGUGUGGAAAGAGUUUCACCUUUCAGUCAAACCUUAACCGCCACAUGAAAACUCACAGUGGGGAAAAGACAGACGUGUGCCAUCAGUGUGGAAAGAGUUUUGCAACUGCAAGUAACCUUAACAGACAUUUGAGAAUUCACACCGGAGAGAAACCUUUCACGUGUCAACAGUGUGGAAAGAGUUUCACCUUUCAGUCGAACCUUAACCGCCACAUGAAAACUCACAGUGGGGAAAAGCCACACACGUGCCAUCACUGUGACAAGAGUUUCCCAGAUACAAGUAAACUUAAGAAACACAUGAGGACUCACACUGGAGAGAAACCUUACACUUGUCACAACUGUGGAAAGAGUUUCUCUGUUGAAAGUAACCUUAAGGUACAUGCAAGGAUUCACACUGGAGAGAAACCGUUCACAUGCCAUGAGUGUGAAAAGAGUUUCAAAACUAAAACUAACCUUAACACACACAUGAGAAUCCACACUUGAUAGAAACCAUUCAUGUGUCAACAGUGUGGAUAUGGCAACAAAGUUUAUAAAUCAGCUGAGGUCUUAAUAAUAAAACAGUCUGGAGGAUCCUUACUAAAACUCUACAAACGCAAAAAACACAAAAUGGUGUACAGCAAAAAAGAUUUAGGCCGUUUCUCAAUCUGUGUUCUUGUCUGUACUUGUGUUCUUGUGAAACAUCAUCAGUCGCGAUCCAAGUACUGUUCCAAUUACAAGUUCACAUCAAGCCAAGUUCACAUAACAUCUCACGACGUGUUCUUGAUCCGCUCAUUUUAUUAAGGAUGCAUCAGAAGGGGACUUGUGUGGACUUAUGACAGCCAAGUUUCCCAGAAUGCAUUUUACGUCAGCGGCAAUAAAGCUUAAAACCUGCACAAUGUUUGAAAUAUUACUCUUUCUGUGUCAUAAAAUGUUGCUGUUUAGUCAAGAAUAUAGCUGAAUGAACUUCAAAUCUGUGGUCAGUUAGUAAAGAUAGGACCUAUAUUUAAAUUCCCUCUGAUGAUUUUGGAUAUUUGAGUUCAAGUUGAUCAGCGGGCAGUCAGUGUCGUGUACACCGCCGAGGGCAGAUUCAUCUCUGCAAGUCCUUCUGAAAUGUGCCGCUGUCUCAUUGCACCUGCUCUGCGUUUCAGUGUCUGAUGGUCAAACAUGAAAUAUUCUCUUUGGAUAUAUCUAACUGCCAUUUUUCUGUCUCAGUAAUUUAUUUCUCUUUAUUAUUCAUAUGAAGUCUGUUUUGUUAUUAUUGUUUUAACCUAUGUUAAAGUUAAGUUUCAUAACUUAAAUCACAUAUUUUCUAUAGAAUCUUGACACUGAAUCACUGCCUUUGUACUUAAGAUUUGUUUCUU